GUCUCCUGGACUUCCACACUUCUGAGGUCUUCCUUCCUCGCUCAGGACAAAUGGCUCCCAGCACUGUUUUCAUGGCGCCUGACACUCUGCUGACAGCAAAAGAGAAGAAUAAACUCAGGAAGCCGGUGGUGGAAAAAAUGCGCCGUGACCGGAUUAACAGCAGCAUCGAGCAGCUGAAACUGCUCCUGGAGAAGGAGUUCCAGAGACACCAGCCCAACUCCAAGCUGGAGAAAGCCGACAUCCUAGAGAUGACUGUUAGCUACCUGAAACAGCAGAGUCAGCUGCAGAUGAAGACUGCAGGAUGCUUCCGUAAAAGCUCUCAGUUUGACUUCAGAGAGGGCUACUCUAGAUGUCUGCAAGAAGCUUUCCAUUUCCUCUCUCUCCAUAAAGUCCAAACAGAAACACAGACCAAACUUUUAAGCCACUUCCAGAAGAGCCAGUCAGCUGCUCCAGAGUUUACCUUUUCUUCUGGCAAUCACAGCACCCCGAAGCAAGGAUCUCCAAAAGACGUCAGUGCUCUCUGGAGGCCCUGGUAGUCAGAGAAGUCCUUACUUAAUGGACAUUUGCCUUGUAGAGUCCAGAGGAAGGAUCUGACUGCAUCUGAUAGUCCAGCUCUGAUCCUCUCUUCCGUAGGGAAUAUUAUUUUCCCAUGUAUUUUAUUAAUGUGUGGAAAGAAUGGAAUACUUUUGACUUUUAUGCAAUCCUUUGGCAAAAGUUCAGGCAUUCUGUUGAGUGGUAUUAAUGCUGUGUAGACACUGGUGAUAACAGAGCACAGCAUGUCGCCCAGUCAGAGGGCAAAUGUCUUCAUAAUGAAGGAGGUAUUUUUGUAGAUGUUGCAGUUGUGACAGACAGGAAUUGCUGUAGGAGAGAUUUCUCUAGUACUGCUUGUAAGGGCCAUCAGCUUUGCUCUGCCUUGAGUAGGAACACUUGUUUGCUCAGUCACUCUAGAGAACACCCCUUGCUUCAUGCACACUUGGUUAAACACUGUUUUCCCCACUUGCUUACAACUUAUAAAUAAUCAAAGAUCAUUUUUGUUUUGUUAUGGUUUUUCCUUAAUGACCUUUUCAUAGUCUUAGUAUACAAAGUGUGAUGGAUGAACAGAGGCUAGGAACUGCAUGGAAUAUUUCUACAGUUUUGCUGCUUUUUUCAUUUUAGAAAAAAAAAAAGUGUUACUGCUUUAUGUUAAAGAAAGGAUAGUAGAUAAAAGGCUUGAUUGGUUGAUGUUAUACAUUUUGGGUAUAAGCUAUGCUUUUUCUAGCGUUUUCGUAUUAAUAAUGACUUUUGUCUGUAUUGAGUGGUUUAAUUCACUGUG